UAAUUUUGAGUUGCGUUCCUUUUGAAGACGGUGCGCGAAUAUUUUCGUGUCGAAACGAGAUAGAGAUAUAUUUUGUACUCUAUUUGUGUAUCUUGGUUGUUCAUUCGGCAACAUACGAUUCUUGUAUAAAUACAGGCACUUUUUAGUUCAGGCAUUAAUUGUGUUACCGAUUUCGGUGAAGUGCAGUGUUUGUGUUCUCUACUAGUGAAUAAAUAUACAUAUACAUAUAAAAAAAAAAAAUGACUGGUCGCGGCAAAGGUGGUAAAGGUUUGGGAAAAGGUGGUGCCAAGCGUCAUCGUAAAGUUUUGCGUGAUAACAUCCAGGGUAUUACCAAGCCAGCUAUUAGACGUUUGGCUCGUCGUGGCGGUGUGAAACGUAUAUCUGGUUUGAUAUAUGAAGAAACACGUGGAGUUUUGAAGGUAUUUUUGGAAAAUGUUAUCCGUGAUGCAGUCACUUAUACCGAACAUGCCAAAAGAAAGACAGUUACAGCAAUGGAUGUUGUAUAUGCUCUGAAGAGACAAGGCCGCACUCUGUAUGGUUUCGGCGGUUAAAUAAAUUUUGCGGACAAUAGAAACAUAAUAAAACAAAAAACGGUCCUUUUCAGGACCACAGAA